UUAUUAUCCUAAGUGCUGAAAUGCGCAAUGAAAGGCGAUCUGGUGCUGACAUCAGAUGCAGGUCGCACUGGGACUAUUGUUUGUCCGAGGGAGGGAGUUUGGGGCCAGGAAGUGCAUAACAUCCCAACAGCGCCAGUCCUCUUCAGAUGUCCUGAUAUAAAGGGAGAGACAGAUUACUGGGGAUGUCAUAGUGCUCGACACCAUUUCUGAAGAGAUCAUUGAUGCUUUUCCAUCUCUAGUAACCAGAAGAUCAAGUCUGUAUUGGCUUAUUUGGGGCCAUUAAAUUUUUUUUUUUUUUUUGGACAUCUAGAAUACUUCAAAAUGACAUUUUAAGUGUAACCAAGCAAGCCGAGAAGGUUUUUCUAUGUUCUUCAUUUCACUAUUGAUGAGUUUUUGAUUUAACAUCAUGGUACGGAUCACAUGCACCAUCUCCUUCAGCACCGACGAAGAGCCAGUUGGUCGCUCGCGCCAAGGCAGCUUCGACGAUCACUACAAGCGCGUAGUGUGGUCAAGAGAUGGCGAACAUGGCAUGUACCAGGAAGAGGGUGACGAUCCGGACACAUACGAUGGGACGGAAGAAGAAGAAGUGCCCGAUAUCAGCCUUGCCACGUUUUUUGGUGGCUGCUCCCUCCAUGGUGCCAACCACGUCUUCGUGGAGGACAAGAAGUUCAGCAUCCGCCGGGGCUUGUGGGCGGCGGUCUUCCUGUUGGCGAUCGCUAUGUUCCUCAUGCAGGUGGUUGACCGUGUCAUCUACUACCUGCAGUAUGACUACGUCACCAUGCUGGACGAGCGUAAUGCCAAGAACAUGACGUUCCCUGCCAUCACGCUCUGCAACUACAACUCGUUUCGGCGCUCACAGCUGAGCUACAGCGACCUGCUCUUCAUGGGGCCACUGUUGGGAUACGAGGACAACAUGGCGCCGGGAAUCCCUUUGGCGCCAGAGCCCGACAGGCAAGGGUCUCGAUUCAGCCUCGCCGAGUUCUUCAAUCGCACCCGUCACAGCAUGGAAGACAUGCUGCUGGAGUGCAAUUUUGCUGGGAAGGAGUGCGGCCCGGAACACUGGAGAGAGAUCUUCACACGCUAUGGAAAAUGCUACACCUUCAACUCUGGACAGGAUGGACGGCCGCUGCUGAUCACCAUGAAGGGAGGGAUGGGAAAUGGGCUGGAGCUGAUGCUGGAUAUCCAGCAGGACGAGUAUCUGCCUGUGUGGGGAGAGACUGAUGAGACAUCUUUCGAGGCGGGAAUCAAAGUCCAGAUCCACACGCAGGAUGAACCGCCUUUCAUCGAUCAGCUGGGAUUCGGAGUGGCUCCAGGCUUCCAGACGUUCGUCUCCUGCCAAGAACAGCGGCUGACGUAUCUCCCUCCUCCAUGGGGCGACUGUAAGGCAACACCCAUGGACUCUGAUUUCUUCAGCACGUACAGUAUCACCGCCUGCCGCAUCGACUGCGAGACACGAUAUCUGGUGGAGAAUUGCAACUGCCGCAUGGUGCACAUGCCUGGAGAUGCUCCAUAUUGCACUCCAGAACAAUAUAAGGAAUGUGCAGAUCCAGCUCUAGAUUUUCUGGUGGAAAGAGACAAUGGUUACUGCGUAUGCGACACACCCUGCAACCUGACACGCUAUGGCAAAGAGUUGUCCUUCGUCAAGAUCCCCAGCAAAGCCUCUGCCAAAUACCUGGCCAAGAAGUUCAACAAGACGGAGCAGUACAUUGCAGAAAACAUCCUGGUGCUGGACAUCUUCUUCGAGGCCCUGAACUACGAGACCAUAGAGCAGAAGAAAGCUUACGAGUUAGCCGGCCUUCUUGGUGACAUUGGCGGACAGAUGGGGCUGUUCAUCGGGGCCAGUAUCUUAACCAUCCUGGAGCUCUUUGACUACCUGUAUGAGGUGAUCAAGUACAAACUGUGUCAUUGCGCCAAGAAGAAACACCAGCGCAGCAACAACAACGAACGAGGAGCCGUUCUCAGCCUGGACGAUGUGAAGCGUCACGUCAGCUCCCUGUGAAAACCUUCGUACCCCAUCAACCUACCCAGCCAACAUGCUACCUCACCAUCCUGGCCAGGGCAACUUUGAAGACUUCACCUGUUGAGCGUAGAGCAAGAGCAGCCUGUCAGACAGAGAACAACCAAAGCUGACCACUUCAGUAUGGACCCCAUAUACAACCGGACAUUUCAGAACAACCUUCUGGAUUUGCCACCAUGUCUUGAGAUAUAUCCAGACAUCGGAGGAAUGGUACCGAUCAACAAAGUAUUUUCACUAACACGUUCCAUGGAAAACUUUUGAUGUUUUUUGAAUAUUUCAUGGAGAUACUGCCUCAAAAACGAAACUCCGUGAAGCCUAGGAAAUUACACAUUACGUGACUUGGACAUCGAAUAGCUUUCCGCAGCUGGACCCUGAUGCCUUUUAUGUACAUAGUGACGGCUCUAAACUGUCUUAAGAUCAGUGGCUUAUGUAGGUCAGUAGAUAAAUAUAGCGCUUAUUCAUUGUAUGUAGCCUCAUUAGUCCCAUCUGCUGGAUCUGUUCAGCCUCAGUGUAUAUCAUGAGAAUGUAACUUCCCGGACAAAGGUGACCAUUACAAGCGUCAAAGGGGGUUUCGGGGCGCUGGAGGGUUCAGGUCCCAUAUGACAUUGUAUUACAGGUCUCAUCUUGUAAAUGCAUGCUGGUCGUUCUGUGCAUGUUUUUAGUUUUAUUUAGAUUUCAUUAUUACUCUCGCCAAGUUUGCCUCAAUUAUACACAAGCGUUGGGAGAUGGUGUAAAGUUUGUUUUUGUGUGUUUAUGCGUGUGUGCAAAGGUUUUGCUGUUCUUGUGGGGAUGAAGUUUGUCAGUGACCCCAGAAGAUAAAAAGCACCUUGUGAGAACCUCUCUACAAGGAUACAACCAUUCAAAAGGAAACUAAACAAUGUAUAAAUUCAUAUCU